AUGGCUGUCCAUUCCUUUUCCAUUUGCAACGGCGCUUGUCACACGGUUCUUACAUGUUUCGUGUACUUUCAUUAUGCUUUCGCGCUUACGAGCUCAGUUUAUCAGUUGGACUCGGAGUAUUCGGGCGCCAAUUUCUUCCAAGGCUGGGACUUUUAUACGGGUGGCGAUCCUACUGGAGGAUUUGUAACAUAUUACAGCCAGGGCUCUGCCCAACUCACGGGUAUGAUCAAUGCCAGCGACAGCUUUCCCAUCUACAUUGGCUCCGACUACAACACCGUGAUCGGAUCGACCCAAGCAGCAGGCAGACCCAGCGUCCGAAUUUCCACGCAAAGAUCAUGGACCCAUGGAUUGUUUAUCGGAGAUUUCAAUCACGCCCCAGGAGGAGUUUGUGGAAGCUGGCCAGCAUUUUGGACCUUGGGACCAAACUGGCCCUACAACGGGGAAAUCGACAUCAUGGAAGGAGCAAACCUGGUCACCUACAAUGCUGCAACAUUACAUACGAACCCCAACUGCACGAUUGCUGGUGACAGCAGAACCAUGACAGGUCAAUUGAACAACAACAACUGCGCCUACUAUCCUGGCUACAACGUCGGCUGCGGGAUACGCGACACUCGAUCAAUCAGCUAUGGUGCAGGCUUCAACGCAAUUGGCGGUGGUGUUUACGCGAUGCAAUGGACCUCCGACUACAUCAGUGUAUGGUUUUUCCCUAAAGGCUCGAUUCCAAGCGAUAUCGUCAACAAGGCUCCCAAUCCUUCCUCUUGGGGUCUGCCAAUGGCAAAUAUGCAAGGCUCGUGUGUCAUCGACCAGCAUUUUCAGGCCCACAAGAUCAUCUUGAACAAUGCAUUUUGCGGAGAAUAUGCAGGAGCAACCACUGUGUGGAACUCGACGACAAACUCUUGCGCCACGUACACGGGAUAUUCCACUUGCAACGCAUAUGUCGCGGCUCAGCCUGCGGUUUUCCAGCAAUCUUAUUGGAGCAUAAAUUCGAUUCGCGUAUAUCAGCUGGUCGAUCCCAGUGCCAAUGCAAGCUCUACAAGCACUGCAUACGUUGCGAGUAAUCAACCCACUCAAUCAAGCACGUCAACGAUUCCGUCCCCGACUCCGGUACCGACAACAAGCCUGUGCCCCACGUACAACUUCACCGUCGUCCAAUCCGGCAAUUUCAAGUACGAAAUUGAAUGCGGAGUCAAUAUCGGCGGAUCCGAUAUUGGUCGACCAUAUCCCAGCUAUCAAGUCACCUCGUUUGAAGACUGCGUGGCUGGAUGUAGCUAUUGGAAUACUUAUAACAGUAGCAACAUUUGCGGCGGCGUUACAUACCAAGUCAGCAACAAAGCAUGCUACUGGAAGCGAAACGUUGGAAGCACUCCGGCUGAUCCCAACUUUAACAGCGCCAGGCUCAUGUACUACGCCUAUCCACUGGUGACUGACGAUCCUCGACAACAAACAUCAAGCAGCAGCAGCAGCACAUCAUAUGUUGCGACUUCGGUCACGCCUCAAGACACCAACGUCGAGCUUUACGGACGGUGUUCCCCUGGGUGGGAGCACGACCGACGAUAUUUCAUCCACCACGUCGAUUGUUUCGACGACAAUAGUGACAACGACGGGCAGCAGCUCCCUCACUAUGUCGACGUCGAUGGCAAGCCAGACUUUGUCAACCACUUUUUCAAGCUCGGGGCCGCAUACGGGGCCCACAAGCAGUACAACGCCAGCUUCAUCGCCCGUUUCAUCGACUUCAAGCCUGUCGACGGCGCCAGCCACGAAUUUGCCCCCUUCUUCUUCCUCUUCCGCAGCAGCAACAUCAGGAAGAACUACUACGGCGCCAUCAACAAGUGGACAGAUUUCCCCUUCGAGCUCAGUGUUGUCAAGCUCGUCAUCCCUGCCUCCAAGACAAACUACGGUCGUUAG